CCUUGUGUAAGCCAGGUUUCGCCGUCAAACAUGGCAGCUGCCUUGUCCUCCUUUCCUCGCCAAUGACAGUAACGUUUAUGUGAAUGAUCAAGUCAUGCGUUUGUUACGUGAGUUAAGAGUGCUGACACCGUGAAUUAAGUUGUUGUUUUUUUCGUUUGUUUGGGUUUUCCUCCAGAGCAAUCGACUGUGGACCCUUACUUGCAGGUGAUCCGCUCCUGCCAUGCUGCUGUCCGCGCUCCUGCGCCGCCUCGGGCCCUGGCCCCCACCGAGGGGUCUCGGCUGCCACGCCGGCGUGCUGCGGGCCCAAAUCCCAGCUGCGCGCCCCUACGUCCAGAGCCGCGGCGUCAAGAGCAGGAAGCGUCCGAGCUUCGAGGAGCAGCGCAAGACUCGCAACAAGACGGUGCUGACGUACGUGGCGGCCGCAGGCGUGGCCAUGGUCGGCCUGUCCUACGCCGCCGUGCCACUCUACAGGCUCUACUGCCAGGCGACGGGGCUCGGGGGCUCGGCGGUGGCCGGUCACGACUCGGACCUGGUGGCCACCAUGGAGCCGGUGAAGGAGCGCGUCAUCAAAGUCACCUUCAACGCCGACACGCAUGCCAGCAUGCGGUGGAACUUCAGACCUCAGCAGACGGAGAUCUUUGUGAUCCCGGGGGAGACGGCGCUGGCCUUCUACAGGGCCAAGAACCCCACCGACAAGCCCAUCAUCGGCAUCUCCACCUACAACGUGGUGCCCUUCGACGCCGGCCAGUACUUCAACAAGAUCCAGUGCUUCUGCUUCGAGGAGCAGCGUCUGAACCCUCACGAGGAGGUGGACAUGCCCGUCUUCUUCUAUAUCGACCCCGAGUUUGACGCCGACCCCAGGAUGGCCCGCGUGGACACCAUCACGCUGUCCUACACCUUCUUCGAGGCCAAGGAGGGACAGCGUCCGCCGCUGCCGGGCUACGGCUACAGCUGAGCACCGCCGGACGGACUUUGGACUCCAAGCGGAUGUCAGAAACCAAUUUGCCGUCGCGAGAAGAGGAACUCGUUGGCCUUAGCCUGUCCGCCCGUGUGUCUUUUGUGAAGAGCCCCCCCCCCCCCCCAUCAAUAAAUGAUGAGCGACUGGA